AUGACUCCAGAGAUCAAGAAUCUCGGCGGCGACAAAGAGAAUCUCCACGGCCACAAGGCCGACGACAGCGGUGGAGCAGCAGCAGCACCAGGAGCCGGCCAUGGGCAUGGGCAUGGCAAGGGCGCCAAGAACAAGCUGUCCCUGGUCCCGCUCAUCUUCCUCAUCUUCUUCGAGGUCGCCGGCGGGCCGUACGGCGCCGAGCCGGCGGUGCAGUCGGCGGGGCCGCUCUACGCGCUGCUCGGCUUCCUCAUCUUCCCCUUCAUCUGGGCCAUCCCGGAGGCCCUGGUCACGGCGGAGCUCUCCACGGCGAUGCCGGGGAACGGCGGCUUCGUGGUGUGGGCCGACCGCGCGUUCGGUCCCGUGUCCGGCUCCCUCAUGGGCACCUGGAAGUACGUGUCGGGGGCCAUCAACGGCGCCGCCUUCCCGGCGCUCUGCGCCGACUACCUGGCCCGCGUCGUGCCCGCCGUGGCCGGCGGCGGCGCCCGGGUGGCCGCCAUCGUCACCUUCAACGUCGCGCUCUCCCUGCUCAACUACACGGGGCUCAGCGUCGUCGGGUGGUCCGCCGUGGCGCUGGGGGUCGCCUCGCUGUCGCCGUUCGUGCUCAUGACCGGCGUCGCGCUGCCCAAGAUCCGGCCGCACAGGUGGGGGGCCACCGCCGGCGACAAGGACUGGAAGCUCUUCUUCAACACCCUCUUCUGGAACCUCAACUACUGGGACAGCGUGAGCACCAUGGCCGGCGAGGUGGAGAACCCCGGCAAGACGUUCCCGACGGCGCUGAUGGCGUCCGUGGGCAUGACGUCCCUCGGGUACCUGCUGCCGCUCAUGGCGGCCACCGGCGCCGUCGACGCGCCGCCGGAGCAGUGGGGGAACGGCUUCUUCGCCGACGCCGCAGGCAUGAUCGCCGGCGACUGGCUCAAGUACUGGAUCGAGGUGGGCGCUGUGCUCUCCUCUAUUGGCCUCUACUCGGCGACGCUAAGCAGUGCGGCCUUCCAGCUGCUUGGAAUGGCGGACCUGGGCCUUCUCCCUCGCGUCUUCGCCCUACGCGCCCCAAUCUUCAGUACUCCAUGGGUCAGCAUCGUGGUCACCAGCCUAAUCACCCUCGGCAUGUCCUUCUUCAGCUUCAACAACAUUGUGACCGCUGUCAAUUUCCUCUACAGCCUUGGCAUGCUCCUCGAGUUUGCCACAUUCAUCUGGCUGCGGAUCAAGCGGCCCGAGAUGUCGCGCCCCUACCGGGUGCCACUGCGACUCCCAGGUAUUGUCGUUCUAUGUCUCGUCCCCUCGGGGUUUCUUGUCUUUGUCAUGGCCAUCGCCGGCUGGAAGGCAUAUGCCAUCAGCGCCAUCUUCACUGCGGCAGGCCUCGGGGUCUAUUACCUCAUGAAGUUCUGUAAGGCAAGGGGGUUCCUCAAGUUUGGCACCGUCGAUGGUGAGGAUUUGAUGUAUGAGCGUCACCAGGAGAGUGCAAAUGUUGGUGUCUGA